UCAGGAAAGAAUGGAAGCACUUUCACAAAUUAUGGUAUAUAUGAUUGGGACCUUCCUCACCUUCGGUGAGGUUAAUAGACUCUCACUCACUUCAAAGAAAAUGUUUGAACGGGCAGCAGAAGCCAAGAAAUUACUUGCCAAGAGGGAAGUACUCAGAAUAUUUUCAUCAGAUCUGAAAGAGUUUAGGCUGAUCACACCUUCUGUGUCUUAUGAACUUGACACUAAGGAUUAUUCAGCUCCAAAUCUGAGUGAUGGCUAUGAUUGGGAGGCUUUAUUGAAGGAAGGUCUUACCUUAGGCUGUGGCAUGCUCAGAGAUAUUAAACCACAAUUAAUGAAUAGCCUCCCCUCCUUUCAUAGUCAUAAUUUUUCGAAGCUAGAUACUAAUAUGCAAGAACGUCUUUUUGAGGAACUCAAUCCAGUAUCUACCAAGAGCGAGAUUGUUUCACCAACAAUUGAUCUAGAUUUGGAUAAUUUUAAUGAAUUAGAAAAUAUCUACCUAUUGAACUUAUACUAUUAUAAGCAUAACUCAACUGUGGCAAUGAACUCCCCAAAAAUGACGAAGAUUGCUAAAUUCUUUGAUUCACUUUCCUCUUACGUCAAAUUCUAUUGUAAAAUUCAGAGAAUCUGAAUCAUGAGUACUUACGAUGAAGACAAGCCUCUUCAGUUCUUAUAUGAGUACUCCAUUAGGUGGCAGGCCUACUCUAAUUACCUUUGGGGCUUGUCAGCUCAGCUCGCCAAAUUAGAGGAACAAAUCAAUGAGUGAUAUAACCAGAACUGGCCUGAAAGUACUCAUCAGUUUAGAUUGUAUAAAUUCAUGACCAAAAUUUGGAAUGAAGAAGUUAACACCAAAGAGGUUAUUUUCAACUUGAAAGACUGUUUUAUCUCAACUCUGAACACCUAUCACAAGGAUUGUCUGCAACAUUUGAGAGACAAGACAGUCAAGAAAGAGACUGUAGGGAUGGAGACAGUACUCAAAAUGUUUUUCCAGACUCUUAUUGAUUCUUCUAUCAACCAAAACACAGUGCAUUUUAUUGGAAGCACUGAUGUCACCUAUGAGAAAAUCUACAAUACCUUUGAAACCACGUUUUUGAAACACUGAAGCGGCUUCUUGAAAACAGCCUUAGAGAUGGGCUAUCAGUCUAAAAAUCUGAAAGCAGUUUGGUCUAUUUUCGAAGAGUAUUCUAAAAUUGUCAAGGUCUUCACCCCUGUGAAGACUCAGAAGCAAUUUGAGAAAUCAAAGACGGAAAUGACCGUAAAAUUUAUCAGAUUUAUCCUCUCUAAGAGGCUGAAACAGUUCUCUUCCUUCGAUUUCACCAAGAUUGAGGCCAAAUGGAAUGCUAGCUAUGAAAGUACUAUGUCACACGUGUUUAGUUCCCAGAACUCUGUAUUUUUAAAGACUCUUUACAAAGGAAUCAAAGAGAUGAAAUAUGACGAACUAAAGUUCAAGAAGUAUUGGCUGAUCAUGGCUGGCAAGGAUUGUGACUUUCUCAGAAAGUUUUAUGACAACACCCUAAUGUCAUACGAUAAGCUCUCAAAAGCCUUCAAGGCACAAGAUUUGAAAGUUAAAAAUAUCAAAUACAAGAUGGGUAUCACCGACAAAUUGGAUGCUGAACAGAUGAAAUUCCUCUCUCUUAUGAGCCCUAUCCCUGAUAAGUAUGUUGAAGGAAUCAUCUCAGACUACCUUGGAAAGUACGAGAAGAGAGGCGUGAGAAGUAUGUCUACCUGUGAAAACACUACCCAAGAACCCUCAUGAAUCACUAAAAUUUUCUCAAAAGAAGAGAAUAGAAAGACUGGAGGAUCAGAGACUUGUGAAGACAGAGAUACUCUUCCAGAAAGCGACUCUGCUAAUGAAUUAGUUAACGAAUUCUCACAAAUCUUCAAACCCAGCAAACAAUGCUGGCUUGAGAGGACUAAGAGUAUGAAGAAGCAGCAGAGGAAGGUUCUCUUCCACUCCUUGGCACAGGAGAGGAGAGCUUCCAUGUAAUCUUUGGCAAAUAUCCGCUAAUUUAUUUUAAUUAAUAAUAACCUGAUUU